AGAGGAACUUUCAAAGCUGCACUUGGGGGGAGCUUGUGUGUUGGAUCGCUUCGUCCUCUUGCUCGAUGAAGCUCCGCUGUGAGGUAGAGUUGGUUAACCGCCACCUCCCUACCUUUGGUCUAAGGGGCCGGGGCAAAGGCACCAGGGCGGUGUUGUCCUUGUGCCGUUCAUCGGACAGGGCGCUGUCCCAGUCCCAGGCUGGGGCCGCCCAUCUAGUUAUCUAUACUCUGAAGGACAAGACUGGGAGCAGGUACAGGCUAAAGGAAAAUAUUGAGCAGUUUUUUACUAAAUUUGUGGAAGAGGGGAAAGCUACUGUUCGGUUAAAGGAACCUGCUUUGGAUGUCUGCCUCAGUAAGGCCAAUUCCAGCAACUUAAAGAAUUUCUUGGGUGCUGUGAGACUGGCUCACCAAGGCUGUGCUGUUGAAACAUUACCACUCUUAACUCUGGCACCACUGAAGACUUCAGAAGUUGAAAAACCAAAAACUAAAAUGGUCAUUACAUCAAAAAAAGAUUAUCCCUUAACCAAGAACUUUCCUUAUUCCUUAGAACAUCUUCAAGCUUCCUAUUGUAGACUUGCCCGAAUUGAUAUGAGAAUGCUUUGCCUCAGAAAACUUAAGAAAUUAGACUUGAGUCAUAAUCAUAUAAAAAAACUACCAGCAACAAUUGGAGACCUUGUCAACCUUCAAGAGCUUAACCUGAAUGACAAUCACUUAGAGACAUUCAAUGAAAUGUUAUGUUCUUCCACACUCCGGAAGUCUCUUCAGAGUUUGGACCUCAGCCGAAACAAAAUUAAAGCUCUCCCUCUGCAAUUUUGCCAGCUGCAAGAACUCAUAUAUUUGAAACUUGAUGACAAUGAAUUGAUACGUUUCCCAUUCAAGAUAGGCCAACUGAGUAACCUUCGAUUUUUGUCAGCUGCUCGAAACAAGCUUCCAUUUUUGCCCAGUGAUUUUAAAAAGUUAUCCCUUGAGUACUUGGAUCUUUUUGGAAAUGCUUUUGAACAACCUAAUCUGCUAGCUCCUAAUAUACAACUGACAGUACCAUUAACUUUAUUAGAAAUUUCUGCACGGGCAAUAUUAGAUUAUAGAAUUCCCUAUGCUCCUCAUAUCAUUCCUUUUCAUCUUUGUCAAGAUUUGGAUACUUCAAAAUCCUGUGACUGUGGAAAAGCCUGUCUAAACUCUUUCAUUCAAGCAACUGUUACUAUGAAUCUACACUAUGUUGCCCAUACUGUGGUUCUAGUAGAUAAUAUGGGUGGCACUGAAGCACCCAUUCUCUGUUACUUUUGUUCAUUAACAUGUUACUCUCAAUUCUUGGAUCGAUCAACAAAAAGUAAUAAUAGAUAAUAGGGUCAUCUAGGUAAGGGUUUAGAGAUUCAAUUUUAAUUUUAUAUUGUGUUGUAUGAAUUCCAUUGUAAAUUGUAAUAUAUAUUUCAAAUAGAUUUAUCAAUUUCAAACUGAAAAAUGUAUUUUUGUAACUUUGAAGUAACUAUCUAAUUAGGCUUUUAUAAUGAGUCUAACUUUAGCCUAAAGCAUAAUAUAUUAGCAUUUUGAGUUGGAGGUUACAUCUGUAUUGUUUUGAACCUUCAUGCCCCCAUGUAUUAAUCUUUACUUUCUUUAACUUUUUUUUUAGUUAAACUUUUAGUUAUUUUCUAUAACAAUUUUUGUGUCCACAGCAAAAAUAGAGAAUUACAUGAGUUCUCAAUGCAGUGAAAACUCAUUAAUACAAUUUUAAAUGAAGUACACUACAUAAAGGAUUAUAAAUGUAAAUAGUUGUAAAUUAUUUUUCAGGGAUAUUAUUGAAUAUGUGAUAGCCAACUAGGAAGUAGGAAGUACUGUUGUAUUUUCAUCCAAAACCCCUAUUAUGUUUGUUACAUUGAUUCACUCUGUUUCACAUUCAUCUUGUUCUUAUCAUGAUUUCUGGGCUUUAACUAAAUAUUUAUUUGAUAUAAUAAGUAGGAUGAAUUAUUUUCAAACCUUUGUGAGUUUGAAAUAAAUAUCUAAUUUUGUUUUGUUAUUAAUUUUAUUUUAGUUCCUGAAUCAUCUUAGAUUCACAUAUGUUGAGCUCUUUCCAGGAUGAGGAGAAAUAAAGGCAUUGUAAUAUGUAGAAAAAGGACUGAUUCUAUAGAAAUAUUCUUUAUGUGCCUAUUCUCCUACUUUUAUGAAUAUAUUAGGGUUUUAGGAAGUAACUAGACAAUAUCUUGUUUGUUAAUUCUGGAACAACUGUAUUGUAGAAAUCUAAAUUUCUACAUAAAUCAUUAAGUUGAUUUGGUGUGAUUUUUCCUGGGAAUAAAACACGUGCAGUUUUAUUUUA